AUCAUCACCAUGAAGUUCCUUCUGCUCUGUAUGCUCCUCGGAGCUGUUGCUGCUUUUGAGGAAGAUGAUAAGAUUGUUGGAGGCUACACCUGUGCCGCUUACUCUCAGCCCUGGCAGGUAUCUCUGAACUCCGGCUACCACUUCUGCGGUGGCUCCCUGCUCAACAGCUUGUGGGUGAUCUCUGCUGCUCACUGCUACAAGGCGAGCAUGCAGGUCAGACUGGGAGAGCACAACAUCUUCACCUCUGAGGGCACCGAGCAGUUCAUCAACUCCGCCAGAGUCAUCAGACACGCCAGCUACAACUCCAGAACUCUGGACAACGACAUCAUGUUGGUCAAGCUGGCCUCUGCCGCCACCCUCAACUCCUACGUCAGAGCCGUAUCUAUGCCCUCUGGCUGCCCUGCCGCCGGAACCAACUGCGUGAUCUCCGGAUGGGGCAACACUCUCAGCAGUGGAACCAACAUGCCUAGCCUCCUGCAGUGCGUGAAUGCCCCCGUCCUCACCGCUGCCCAGUGUAGCAACGCCUACCCCGGUGAGAUCACCAACAACAUGGUCUGCGUCGGUUUCCUGGAGGGUGGCAAGGACUCCUGCCAGGGUGACUCCGGUGGACCCGUGGUCUGCAAUGGACAGCUCCAGGGGAUUGUCUCCUGGGGAUAUGGUUGUGCCCUGAGAAACUACCCCGGUGUCUACACCAAGGUCUGCAACUACAACGCCUGGGUCUCCAGCACUGUGGCUGCCAACUAA